AUGAGCAAAGCAGAAGAAGCCGAUGCAAGCAUAGACCAGUCUGCAAUCCAAGCCACAGAAGUGCAGGCUGUAAGUGAGACUCACGACCUGGCCGACCAGGAGGCUGUCAAGGAGGAGCCUGCAACCGAACCCAUUGAGUCAGCUAGCACACCUGACAUGGCUUUGAAAGAGACUGGACAGGCUAAGAAAGGCUCAGUGAAGGAUAAGAAGGAGGACGCCAAGGGUGCGACAACAAAGAAGGAAGCGCCAGUCAAGCAGAAGGAGGCAGCAGGCAAGACCAAGGGCGCAGGCAAAGGCAAAGGCUUGAUCAAAGUAAAGACUGCUGCCACCGCCAAAGCCAAAGAGCAAGAUGAGGCAACGGACAAAGUCGCAGCUGUAUCGAAGAUGUCAGCGAACACUACCUCAGGAAGCAGCCCUACCGAAGGCGACCGUCCGGCAAGCGCUGUGGUUGGAGAAUCUUCACAAGGCGCUCCUCUCGUCUCUCCGUCUGAUGUGUCAUCAACACCGUUGGCUGAAGAAAAGACUCCAGUGGAUGCAACGGAACAACCCACAGGGGAGAAGAACACGCCGGCAGCUGAUGAACAUAUCCCACAAACAGAUUCGGAGGCAGUGGAGGACAAGGUGAUGAACGAUGAAUCAAUCUCACAAGCAGCUCCUGAAGCAGUGCCAAGUGUACAGGAGGAAGCCGAAUCUUUGAAAGAAGCCGAAUCUUCAACCCAGUCCGGCAAGGCAUUGACCGAUGAAUCCAUCUCACAAUCAGCUCCUGAAGCAGUGCAAAGUGCACGGAAAGAAUCCGAGUCGUCGUCUCAGUCAGAUGUGGCUACAUCAACUGACGUGGAACAAGCGCAAUCAUUCUUAUCACGCCCAUCAAGUGCUGGAAAUGACGUUGCACCGCUACAAAUACUUUCCCCGAUGCAGGUGCAGUCGCCUGUCCAAAGUCCUGCUCCGUCCAUCGCUGAAAGCACAAGGACUGAGACAACAGCAGCAUCAGGACCACCUCCACUGCCUCGCAAAAGCUCAUCAGAUGGGCCAAAGGGGUGGAAAGGGUGGUUGCGCUCUGCAUCAAACUCUGCUCCUUCGUUCAGUAGACGCAAUACGAUGCAGACUUCGCACUCUGUCAUUUCUGAGCGAGAGACGGGUGAUUUGAUGGCACGCUUUGAGCGCCUCCGAGAAGCGCACGCAACUCUUGAUGAUGAGAUUUCACCGAUUGACUGGAGCUUCUGGGGCACUGUUGUUGCUAGUGAACACCCAAGAGAGGUUGAUUUCAUACGGCAGCGAAUUCGCGCUGGCAUCCCAGAUGAGGUCCGCGGGGUCGUUUGGCAAGCUAUCUCUGGUUCAAGAGAUGAAGCCCUUGAAGAACUAUUCCUGGAGCUCGACGGCAAGGAAACUGAAUUCGACAAGCAAAUAAAAAAGGACGCCACACGCAUGAAUAAAGCGCUUCUCAAGUCACUGGAAGCUUGA